AUGGAAGCGAGGAUCGUGAUAGAGGUCGACGAUCAACCUCCCGCUCUCGAUCGAGAGAGCAAAAUCCUGAGCGAUAUCAUAAGAAAGACAGUGAUGAGCGCUAUUCCAAGCCGUGGAAAUCGCGUGGCAGGUAGUCGGAGUCAGAGGACGGCGACUCGCGUCGAGAGCUCUCACACUCACACAAUCGCUCGCGAGAUCACUCACGUUCGCGUAGUUGUGAUCGUGGGCGUGGAAAGUACAGAGGAAGUCGUAGUGGAGACAAGUCUUAUUCCGAAUCGUCGGAAUCGGAAGUUGAGAACUGCCCAUGUUAUGGGGGAGGUCAGCAGGGACGGCAACACAAAGGAAGCCACGUCGCAAGUGAAAUGGUGCGGUGGUCCCUGCAAUACUUGGCGCUGUGCACACCUGGCGCGGGAUAGGUAUGCAGGGCCACCAUUAAAAGGAAUAGAUGGUAUGGGGACUUUGGCCCCAGAAUUUUCAGUGCCAUGGGAUGACUUGGAGGCUUAUUUGGUCAUCCUUGGGAACUCUCAUGCAUUAGCAGAAGGUCACCCUUUCUCUGUCGUGGAAAACAUACCCAUGGGUUGUGACAUACUCAUUGGGUAUGAUCAGAUGCAACAUUCGAAAUGGGCGUUGAUGUGGUGUGAGGACGAGUUAAUCGUAGUACCUCAUUCAGCUAUUAAGUGGUCGUGGCUCAAGGGUACCAUUGUUCCGUUGAGUCCACAAGUCAAGUUGUUGUUUGGUUUCCGACAGCCGAAGCCGCGAGCGCGGG